AUGGUGAAUCAGUUCAUCGAGGAAGAGGGUGUGUUCAAAGCUUUAUGUUUAUUUCUCUCUCUCUCUCUCUCUCUCAAACUCUCCCUCGCUCUCACUCUAUCUCUCUCACUUACUCCCUUUCUCUCUCUCUCUCACUCUCUGUUUUUCUCUCACUCACUUUUUCACUCUCUCUCUCUCUCUCUCUCUAUUUCUUUUUUGCCAAUUCUUCUUCUUUCCCUCGAUUUCUGUUUUUGUUUUUUCCCUACAUUUUUCUUUAUUUUUUUCUCUUUCACUACCUUCUAUCUCUCUCUCUCUCUCUUUCUCUCUCUCUUUCUCUCUCGAUUUUUCUCUUUCUCUUUUUUCUCUCAAUUCUUCUCUCUCUUUAUUUUUAUUUAUUUUUCGUUCGAUAUUUUUCUCCCCCGUUUCUCAUUUUCUCUUUCUUUCGCUCUCUUUCUCUCUAUUGCUUUUUCAUUUCUAUCCCUAUCUUUAGUGCUCUUCCAAUCUUUUUCUCUCUCUCUUUUUCUUUACUUCUCUCUCCUUCUCUACUUUUUUCUCUUUCGAGGUGAUUUGUCUUCUCUCUAUCUCUAUCACUUUCUCUCUUUCUUUCUCUUUUUUUCUCUGUCUCUCUUUUUUUCUCUUUCUCUCGCCUCUUUCAUAUUUGUUUCUCUCUGGUCCUUUUUCUCUCUAACUCUCCUAUCGCUCUCUCUCUCUCUCUCUCUCUCUCUCUCUGGUAAGGAUCGGGUACCAUGUUAUGUUCUGCAGUCAGAAAAUGUCUCUUUUAAAUCAACUGAAUCAAUUUUGAAUCAUAAUUUGAUAAACAUCGAGAAACUUGCCUAG